GCGCCUGGCCCAACCCAGCGCCCCGCCGAUUGGCCUUUUCCCACCCUUGACGACGCUCCUUCCUCGCGCUCGGUCGCUCUUGCGCCGCCUGGAAUGUACUCAGUCCAUCAUCCCGUUCAGAUGUCAAAUGGUGGCAUUGGGAACGGCAUCAUGGACCCGUCCGGCACCAUUGACCCGUCGGCCCUCAAUUCACAAGGUGUGCUUGUAGGCCCGCCACAGCCAGUAGCACCGCAGCCGUCGAGAGGGCAGAAGCGCAGUCGCUCGCCAGAAAACAGCUAUGGCGACGUACAGCACGGUGACGACGGUACGUUGGCCCCAUUCGCGCAAUCGCGACGACGACAGAUGGCACCGACAGAAGACACUUGUCACACAUGCAUAGUCAACACCGCUGACCAAGCAGCUGCAGAUGAAGGAAAACCACGGAAGCGCGGGCGCCCACCAAAGACAGGAAAGGUCGCGUUUGCUGGUAGCCCCAACCGCGGAUCCCAUCCGUCCACGCCCUCGCACGCUGCCGGUGCUCCUCCCGUGCAAACUCCCCAACUCCACAGCACGCCGCUGCCCCAGGGUUCGCCACCCCAAGUAUCCCCCCCGACCAAGUCCACCCCGACCAAGCCUGCCGUAAUCAAGGCACUGCCAACCGUCCGCGACCAUACUACCGAUCAGCUAAACCCCGAGGGCGACGAGUAUAUCCCCCGCGAAACCGAUGACGCAGGAGAGCGAAAGGUCACACUGACAGGCCACCCGCUCGACGCACGCGAGUACCGCUGCCGCACCUUUUUCGUGCCCAACAGAGGAGACAAGCUGUUUAUGCUGGCGACCGAGUGCGCGCGCGUGCUAGGCUACCGAGAUUCGUACCUGCUUUUCAACAAGAACAGGUCCCUGUUCAAGAUUAUUGCUACUCAGGCGGAGAAGGACGACCUUAUUCAUCAAGAGAUACUGCCCUAUUCGUACAGAUCCAGGCAGAUUGCCAUUGUGACCGCGCGGUCCAUGUUCAGACAGUUUGGAAGCAGGCUGAUAGUCAACGGAAGACGGGUACGCGACGACUACUGGGAGAGCAAAGCUAGGAAGCAAGGUUUCACCGAAGAAGACGCGGCGGGCGAGAAGAGACCGGGUGCUGCAAAGGCGCGGGAAGCGGCUGCAGCGGAAGCCAACCACGCCAGUGCCCUGGCCUUCAACCAUCCAGGAGCAUAUGCGGGCAACAAUCAAGACUACAUGGGCGCUACGCUCAACCCUUCGCAGCCUUUCGGUGGCCUUAAUCCGGCGCCAGGAAGCAUGCCUGCAGGAAACUCGGACCCGUACAAUCAGCGCACAACGACUGAUUUGCAGCCUCGGGACUACAGUGGCGUUCAACGACCUCGACAUGAGAUGACGGGCCUGCCAUAUCAGGACAUCACCAGACCAACCCCGUCAGGCGAGAUCCUCAAUCAAGCUGCCCAGACAGCUGAGCUCAACAAGCAGCUAGAGCAACAGCGCAAAGGCCGCAAGGAUUAUCUGAACGACGUCUGGACACGACCGCACGAGCCACCUGUGCAACCAAACCGCCCAUCCACCGCAGAAGGAGAACAUGUCCCGCAGGUUACGCAAGCCGUCCAAUCCCCGCGUAUCUCCUCAUCAAACUCCGCCGUUCCCGCGAAUCAGUAUGGCAUGGCCCAACAGACACCACAAAGACCGGGACAACAGAUGGGAGCUGCUCAGUCCUAUCGCCCGCAGUCUCUUCCUCAAAACAACAUGGUGCCUUCUCCCAUGGCUCAGCAGCACACUCCUCUUCGACCGGAGCAGAUGCACCGUCGUCCACCGAGCAUUGGCAUGCCCCAAAACAUGAAUCCUACUGGAAUGGGCCCGACGGGGAUGCUCCCAGGUGUUCAGAACCCCGGCCAUGGCUAUCCUCCUUCCCACAUGUGGCAAGGUCCUCCUCAGCCGUCACCCCUCUCGCAACAGCAUAACAUGCAACAGUACGCUCAACGGCCUCCGCAGCAAUCGCCUCUCCCUCAGCAAUCUCCCAUGCACGCAUCUCCGCAGCUACAUCACGCUCAGAGCAGCGUUUCGAUGCAUGGCACGCCGGUACAACAAUACCAGACCAUGGGUGCCAUGGGUGGCGAUCCAGGAUAUCCACCCAUGGGUCAGAAUCCGUACCAGCCUAGCCCAAGCCCACAUCAGUUCAUGCAGCAUCAAAGUGCUGCGGCACAGCAACCUGGAAUGCCUGGGUGGGCUCCUCCACAGGGUCAGCAGCAACAAGGAUGGCAAUCAUACUAGGAGCAAUUGCAUUCUAAUCCCAAUGCUACGCAAAACCUGCAGGCUUAUGUCCAGAGACUGAACGCGGCUCGAGCAGCCUCACAGAAAGUGUAGUUGCGCUGCCAGUUCGUAUUCGGUGUCGAAUACAUUACUGCGGGUCGAGCCGUCCCA